AUGUCCGACUCUACCCCCACGCCAUCCGGCCUCGCCGCUAAGGUGGACAAGAAGCGCAAGAGACAAGCCGAAGAAGCUCCCAAGGAAGACAAAGCCGCAGCAGCCCCAUCGGCGAACAAUAGCACAGAUGGGCCUCAGAAGAAGAAAAAGAAGAAGAAUGCCAAGAACAAGCUGAAGCAGAAGCAGAAGGAGGCGGAAGAGGAUCCCAAACAACAGGAGCGCAAAGGCGGCCUCGACGAGUCCAUUGGCAAGAUGGACGGCCGGUUACUGGCUGACCACUUUGCUCAGAAGGCGAAGCGACAUAAUAAGGAGCUGACUGCGGUUGAAUUGAGCGAUCUCAGCAUUCCAGACUCUGCAUUCCUCGACACUUCCUCGUUUGAAUCAUCUCGUUCACUCGACCAGCUUCCCGCGUUCCUCAAAUCAUUCAGCCCGGACAAGGGAGCAAAGCUCUCCCAGGCGUCGGAAGAGAAGGGCUCGCCGCACACAUUAGUUGUCUGUCCCGCUGCGCUCAGAGCGGCCGACGUCGUGAGAGCUCUCCGAACAUUCCAAAGCAAAGAUUCCACCGUCGGAAAGUUAUUCGCAAAGCACAUCAAACUCGAAGAAGCCAAGCAGUUUCUGCAGCGCGCACGGACUGGUCUUGGAGUGGGAACACCAGCCCGAAUCUCAGACCUGAUCGAUGCCGGGAGUCUGAAACUGGGCGAGCUCGAGCGCAUCGUCAUCGACGGAUCUUACAUCGACCAGAAGCAGCGCGGGAUCUUCGAUAUGAAGGAAACGCAUCUGCCACUGCUGCAGUUGCUGACGCGGUCCGAGUUCCGUGAGCGAUAUGGGGCCAAACAGAAGCGGGUUCAGAUCUUGAUUUUUUGA